UUCACACAUUAACUACAUUUUUUGCAAUGUUACAAAAAGAUAAAUAAAUUACAUGGAUAACCUAAUUGCACGCAAUAAUGCCAAAUCACUAAUGGAAGAAAAUCAAUAUUGUUUCCAAUAUCUAUGAAAUUAAUAAUUAUCAGAAAACUGCAUAAAGACACAAUAUCUAAUGUGCACAUUUCAUUAUACGGAUCAGUCUAAAUUAUACAGGAAUUAUUUACUUACGCUCUGGAGCAUCGUUAGGAACAUCAGCCAUAUUGGACAUGUACUCAGCCACACUAGUCAACUUCAGCCUUGGAGCACAGUUGGAGCUUCUAUGCCGUGCACACAAGUUUUGGUUCCUAUCCGAGCCAGCGAUUAUCAAAGAACUCAUAGACAACAGCCUUGGCGAUCUAAUAUGGGUUACGAGAAUAUCGAAUUGGUUCCAUUAUCUCGAACAAAAGCUAUGACGAAUUACACUGGGGAUCCUAUGAGCAACAUGACUACUCAGCCUUUGAAGUUUCCAAAUUUGGUUACUGGAUAUGAACGGAAUCCUGUACACGCGUCGCAAGCAGCUAUGUACACAAGAUAUACGCCAAAUGAAUGGUAUCAGAAGCAAAUAAAGUUUUAUAACGAAGCCAAUACGAACAGACAAUAUUCUGAAAGAAUAAGAAACGACGCCGUGAAAGUGAUGAGAACUGCAGAAGAAAAGAUACAAUACGGUCAAUACGACACGAGUCGUCGACUUGGUGAGAGAAUAAGCGACGUGACUUUUUGGAGGAAUGAAGUGGCGUCUGAAUUGGAAAGAUUGAUUCAGGAAAGUGAGAGGCUUCAGGAUUGCCGAAGUGUUUUGGAAAAAGCCAUACAGGAUAUAGAAGGGCCGUUGCAUAUUGCUGAAGAAUGUCUCUACCAUAGAGAAUCGAGAAAAGGUACCGAACUGAUUCAUGAUGAUACGGAGAAAUCUCUGCUGUGUGAAAUAGGAAAUUUGCGGAACAAUGAAAAGAAGUUGGAGGCUUGCCUCGAUAAGUGUAAAGAUCAGCUCCGCAACUGCAGGGCAGUGCAAAAUCAGUUGGAACUAGAUAUGAAAAAUAAAGAAGGUGCCUUGGGUAUAGAUAUGCUGUGUCAUCAAUUGAAUAAUCAUAGUCAAGGAUUACAGUAUUAUGCUGGAAUUGAAAAAUUUGAUCCAUGUGUGUCGGAACAAGAAACCUGGGCAGAAGCGGCCAAUAGAAUCGUUCAAAAAUCACAAACGGAAAGAACCAAGUCUUGUCAGUUGCGCACAGAUGCGGAAGCGCUAAUAAAUCGUGUAGCCCAAGAAAUAUGGGAUGCCUGGACCAAUACGAACAACGCAGUAAGUCGUAGAUGCUCCGAACUGCUAGAAGCCAAGAGUAAACUUCAGCAGCACCUUCAUAAGAUUCAACAAGAGAUUUUUGACGUGGAGAAAAAUAUUGAAUUGAUGCGGAAAAGCAUUGCGGAUAAGAGUUACGCGCUCAAGGUUGCUCAUACUAGACUUGAGGCCAGAAUGCAUCGUCCUGAACUUGAAUUGUGUCGCGAUUAUGCGCACAUGAGCUUGCAGAAAGAAAUAGAUGACAUAAAUCAACAGGUGGAACGAAUGCAUAAGAUGUUGAAGGAGCUUGAAAAUCAACAUCAGAGAUUGUUAAGAACACGAAAUGAAAUGGAACACGAUAUGGCACUUAAAAUCGAUGCCAUGUAUAUCGAUAAAGAAAAAGUUUGCGGAUUACGACGAGCUUAUCCCAUUAACGCGCUCUUUAGAUUCUGAUGUGUUCGGAUGCGCGUUUUAGGAAAGAUUAGAAGUAGACGACGUAGUCGGAAUGCACUCCUAGAGUGAUUUAGGUCAUGUGACAUUUCGAUGAAAAUUCGCUGAAAGUUUGUCAAAUAUUUAUUGCUCUGUACAAUUAUAAUAAACUUUAAAACAAAGUUA